AUGCGUGUCGAAUUUAAGAAAGUCGUCAGCGCCUACUCGUUGAGGGCUUUCUUCAUCACGAAAUUCGCCUCUUUUCAGCGAAUUCGCUCCGAAAGACUCAAGCUCGCCGUUCGCCUCCCGAAAUCGAUCGCUCCAGUCCGGCCCCGGUUUCGUCUCGUUUCAAAGGCAUCCGACAUCUCGCUGAAAGAAAUCCUCUCACGAGAUGCUGCCGGUGAAAUACUCGAGCGAUUCUGCAAAGAUCAAAACUUUCUCAAACAAACAGACGAUGAAGGGAACACGAUGUUACACCUGGUUAUCAAGUUGAACGCUCGUCGAUGUGCCCGUCUCAUUUGCACAUUGAAUGCUUGUGAUGAACCGUGGCUAAGUCGAAAUUCUCACGGAGAGACGCCCAUUCAAAUGAAUGAACAAUCCGAAAUCGCCGACGAUUUGCGCAUUUUGACUUCCAACUCUCCCAUCGAGCGCGAGUCGAAAUUUUGGAUGAGUGAUCUAAACGAAGAGCUCAUUGAGGAACGUUUGAGGGAUUCUAAUUCGACAAAGGAAAUUCUCGUCGCACUCGAUGGAGGCGGGAUCAAAGGAGCCGCCGAGAUUAUGGCUCUUCGAGAAUUGUCUCUCCGCCUUUCAUCAACUUCUCCAUCAAUCACUUCACUCUUCAAAUCAUUUGAUUGGAUUGGCGGAACGAGUGUUGGUGCGGUCAUUGCUGCUUUCUCAGCUCCACGCCAUCAUGAAAAUGGGUCUCAGUCGCCGGAUACAAACCUUGGGUCAUUUCUCGCCGAAACCCGCGCCACCUUUCAUCCGAAACUCAAGAAACCUUCUUUUCGGGGAGAGCUUCUCCACAAAUCUCUUCGCGAACAUGUUGGAACGUCCCGGCUUGGCGAUAUCGAAGCAAAGAAUUUCCCCAUCGAAGUUCAGACAGACGAGGAUCAUCGAGAGGUGGAAAUCGUCGACGCACUUAUGGCAUCAACAGCGUCUCCUCUACUACUUCCCGUCUCUCCACUCGGUCUCUCCGAUGGAGGAGUUCUCGCAAAGAAUCCCAGUCUCGUCCUCUUGACUGAAUAUCAUCGAUUCUAUGCGAAAGCCGUCCGCCAUCCAACUCCUUCACUAUUCCUUUCAUUAGGCACUGGCUACAACGAGGCGAGACGCACAAGUGGAAUUCAUUUUGGAGAUUUGCCGAAGAAUCGCGUUUUCUUCGAUUGGCAUUUUAUGCGCACGACGAAGAAUCUCUUUGACGUUUUUGUUAGCCAAUCAACAAGCGGCGACACAGCAUGUCUUGAUCAAGCAGCCGCUUGGUGUCUUGCUACGAGAAGUCCCUAUUUUCGCAUCAAUCCGCCAAAUAUUAAUCGUCUUUCAUUGACAUGUACUGAUGCAGAGAAAGUCGCCGAUUUUCUGUGGGGAGUCAUGGUUUAUCUCCGCACGACGGCUCGCCAUGAUCUCGAUCAACUCGCCAGUUUCAUCAAAAGGUUGAAAUCU